CCAUCCUUUGAGAAGGGAAAGCCCAAUUAGUCCCAUAUCAGCCCAUAAGAUAAUGCCUGAACGGCCCAAGAUUGACAAAAACAGAAACUACCAGCCUGCUAAAACCUUCACAAAGUGAAAAGAAAACAAAAAAAACAUGUCUUAAUUCUCUCUCUCUCAUCAUGGCUUUAUAUUGUGGGGAUGGAGAAAGGAUCUUUUAUUUCUUUGAAUCAAGAAAAUUGAGCUAAAAUUAGAAAAAACCCAGUUCAGAUAUUUGGGGUUUUGUUGCUGUUGUGUGUAUAUAUAUAUAUAAGACAAGAAACAGAGAGGAGAAGAAGAAGAAGAAGAAGAAUAUGGUAUUCUUGAUGGGUUUAAGUUUGCAGUGCAUAAUGGAUUUGAUGGUGGCAGGUUUUUCUUUAAUGAUAGGUUUUAGUAUUUUUGCUUUCAUUGCUUCCAUUCUUUGCAGUGCUGCUUUUCUUCAUAAUGCCAAGGAUGUUUCUUGAAUCUCCUUAUUAUCCAAAAGGUGCUCAAGUUUGAAAAUCUUUUGAUAUGUUUCUCAAUAAAAGCUGGGCAUUUGCAGUUGUAGAGGCAAUUCUAGACCUCACUUGUAUGUAUAUCAAAGAGAAAUGUUGUACUUCUUCCAGCUUUCAACAAUAAAAGGCAAAAGGAAACUAAUUUCUUUUUGAAUUGCCAUGUCCUCCUUCACCAAAAUCUUUUUGGGUUUGUUUGCUUUUUAAUUCUGUGCCUGCAUCUGUUAGGAGAAUUAACAAAAGUCUUUCUUGUUGUGGCUCCCAUUUGCAUUCUUGGGUUGUGAUCAUCUGUUAGAAGUUGGAAGUGAUUUGCAAGUGCUCAAGCAUGCAUGCCUAUUUAAAGCUUGCGUUGCAUGUUUGAACUCCAAUUUGGGGAGCUAAACUACUGCCAUAUAUAUCAGAAAGAGUCAAAGACUCGUCAAAGGAGGCCAUUAGUGACCGGGGUAUCAUCAAAACUGAGUUUCACAAUGCUACCAUCAUCACCAAAUGAACCCAAAAAUCAGAACUUUAUUAGUAUGUACCAAAUAGUAUUAAAGGACUAGGAAGGAAAAAAAAAAAAAGAUCAUUCUGUAUUAUUUCUUCUUUUUCUGUUUUCUAGAAUACACCAUUCCUCGGAUCCCAUCAGGAUCCGCAACAAACCCCAAAGGCCUAUAAAACCCGAGCACUCGUGGCUCCGAAUACAAAGCAAUGUUGACAAUCCCCUUCUCUAAUAGCUCCUCUACUAGUCUCUCCAUCACAGCCUUCCCUAACCCAAUGCCUUGGUAGGAAGGGUCAACCACCACAUCCCAAAUAAUGGCGUUGAAAACAUUAUCCCCUGUUGCUCUAGCAAAUGCAACAGGCUUCUGAGUCUUCUUGUGUUCAACCCAAAGGAGGGAGCUCGUGUUCUCCAAUGCGAGUUUGAUCUUCUCAGGAUCCCGCUUGGGGAACCCGACUGCUACGAAGACGGAGUUGAGGUGGUCUAGAUUGAGGUCGGAGAAUGUGCGGCGUAGAAGGAAGCCUCGAGACUCAAGGGCCUCGUCGGAGAUGGAGUAUUUGUUACUCACAGUGAAGGUGGACGGGAUGGAAACAGGGGCAAAUUGGUGGGGAAGAAGGGAGGUCUUGAGGUGGAGAGAAGGGAGAGGAUUGGAGAUAAUGCCACGCAGAAGCAUUGUCUUGUAAGUUUGCUUCUUGCUUCGUCUUCUAUAGUAAGGAGGUCUGUGAUGGUGCUGAUUGAUAAUGGCUGAUUAUGGGUAUGGUUUGAAGUUGGAACUUGUGGCUGUUGUUUUACCGUUAUCUUCUAGAUUGCGCGGGAUAUUUGUGGGGCUGCUGCAGCUGAAAAUGUAAAAGGAAAAAGAAAAAAGUUUUUUCUUCAAUGUCUAUACCUGACAAUUUAUAGUA